AUGUCGUCGCCAAAUGAAAACAUGCAAAUUAUGAAUGGCGUGGAACUUCCACCAUUCAGGAAUUUCCACGAGUUCCUGUUGGAAACCAAUCGAUAUGAGCGUCCACCAUUCAACGAUUUCCAAAAAUGGAACAACCGAAUAAUCUCGAAUCUUCUGUACUUUCAAACCAACUAUUUCGUCACAAUCAUCACUAUUUUCCUCCUUCAAACACUCUACAGUUCACAGGACAUUUUCAUCGGACUGAUUGCUGUUGUCGCUGUGAUUGCAACACUCAUCUUUGCUGUCUCCGUUGAUGCCAAUAUCAAGAAGAUGCGCACCGAUCAUCCACUGGUCACUUUGGGAGGAAUCAUCUUCGUCGCCUACUUUUUCAUCUCUGUCUUCUCAUCGGUUCUCGUCGUCACAUUCGCAUUGUUGUUCCCAAUAUUCUUCGUUCUCGGCCACGCUUCUCUCCGUCUUCGCGGUAUUGCCAAUCGUGCUGCCAACGUGAAAGAGCAACUGGGAAUCCGUACAUCCGUAAUGGGACAACUUCUCGAUCGAACUGGGCUCAAUGUAAAAAUGUAA